AUGAGUCCGCAUCACGAGCAGAAGUGCGGUAAUCGGUUUAUAGGUCUAGUGCUGGCGAAGACAGGUAGACAGGGUAGACAGGCCGUGUUCACCACAUCUGGCCGUUUGCGGUCAUGGCCGCUGCUCCAAAUUG